UGUUUUUUCUAAUUCCGAAUGGCGUAUUGCCAGCUCUCCCGCGAAGAGACCGAUGAGGACUUGGAGUCUGGCCAGUUGUCAGAGGGCAGCGACCCGAGCGAGGAAGAAAGGACAGGCGACCGGGACAGCGAGGAUGAUCUCGCUCGUGACCUGAGCAAGAUGGUCAAGUGGAUGAAGUCACUGGAAGAGCUCAGCAAAGAACAGCACUUCUGGGGUGACGAGGAGUCGGAGGAGAGGAAUAUUGAUUUCAACCUGAGACUGGUUUCUCUGAAUGAGAUGAAGAAGAAGGAGGAGGAGGAAUCAAGACUGCAGAAGAUUUUGGACGAGUUUGCGGCCAACUUUCCCACACAGGAUUGGCUCAAACCUCGCCAGCGAGACUUCCCGCCGGAGAUCUAUUCAAUGCUGGAGAGAUUGAAGAAAGGGGGGAAGCCUGUGUACAAGUUGGCCGAUGAGGCCUGGAAGACGACGCUCAAUGAAAUCAAGGUGAGCACCUUUGUGAAAUAUGUGAAUCAACUGCAGGUGCAACGCAAUGGGGAAGGCCUUCUGUCCUUCUUGAAGAGCCUCACGAUCGAAGUUGACGAUAAGGAACUACUCACCUUUCUAAGAAAGGCCCUUAAGAAAGGAGAUUUCGGCGAGCACAACGAGGUCAUCCGCAAAGUGCAGGACAGUGACUGGGACUUGCACUUGGUGGAAAGCCACACCACAAACCUCUACGACAUGGCCAUGAAACUGCCGAAAGAGGAUUUUAAAGAAGCGAGAGACGAGCUGAUGAGAUUCACUAUUACUCACGACCAGUACUUGGGCCAAUGGUGGUGUGAAGGCUUCUGCAAAUGGCUCGCAAAUGUGAAGCAAAAGAUCUGGAGGAAGAAUCGGGAUAUGCAGAAGCGACUUGGUUUUCAUCGCAUUGCCUUGCGUGUGGACUUCUCCAUCAGCCCUGCCAAGAGGCUCCUCAUGUGCAACGACUACCAAUUGGCGGUGAUGUUGCGGGAAUUGACGAAUACGGGCUCAGAUUCUGAGGUCUUCAGCACGACUUUCGCUUGUGCCUUAGUCUUGGCGGCCAAGGCUCGUGUGCGGCACCACUUCAAAUAUGUGAUUCUAAAUGAUUUGAUGUUCAUCAUCCUCCUAGGCUUUGUUGGCUAUGCUGUUCGCUCUGAAACUAUGCCUGGAACCUUGACGGUUCUCUUCAUGGGUAUCUCUACGGCGUUCCUGUUGCGGAAAGCCUUUGAUCGGCUCAUGUUCUAUGCUACCACUUGGAAGAAAAUCACGACGCCUGCCGUGAAGACAUCGCUCUACACAGUGGCACUUAUCUCCGUUGAGGUGGGGUCCACCAUUCUGGUGAUCUUGUACAUCCUUGGCAUUGUGAGCAAUGAGGUCAACAAUCAUGGACAACAGUUUGAGAGUUGGGAGGAGUUUUGGAAGCGCCGAAAAGAAUGUAUGUGGCCGUGGACGAACAAGGCUCAUAAAGAGGAUGGAUACUUCCAGCAUCAUCCCAACCUCUUGGCCUUGCUCAUCCUUUGUCGCUGGGCGAUGUUCAUCAACAGCCUGCAGUUGAUUGAAUCCGUGGGACGCAACGUGGUUCCCCUGGCCCAUGCGGUCACGCGUGCGGCCUCCCUCAUUUUCUUGCUCUUCCUGACUUGCUCGCUGCUGGCCACCUUCCAUGCCUAUUUUGUCUUUCCUUCGCAUCAGGAGGCUUCCUUUGAUACAGCCUUGGAUCGCCUCAUCGAUAUGUUCCGCUUGGAGAUGUUAAGCGACUUCGAUCUGGAUGAGCUGCAAAAUCGGCGUCAGAAUGUGAGUGGCGAUAUUUCUGCGGCCCAUCUCGAGUUCACAGGCAGCAUGUGGCAUGCAGGGCAAAGGCAAUAUCAAGGAAUCCGUGUGGGUUUCGUCCUGAUUAGCCUCUUCCUUUCGGUCGUGGCCAUGAAUACCUACAUUGGUCUGCUGGGAGAGCUGUAUAGUGAGGCUGUGAAGAAGAAAAAUCAGAUCUACAACAACUAUUUGGCCACCGUCCUGUGGCCACAUUUGUCCAUGCGCCAUCGAAGCAACAAGUGGUACUCCGACAAGACCGGCUGGAUGUGCUCCUGUUCGCCCUGUGCAGAAGAGCAUGAAGACGAGGAGCCACUCAAAGGAGUCGAGGCCUGCUGGAUGUUCUACGAUCGCACGGACCUCUUCGACGAUCCAGACGAGAAGACGCGAGAAGAGCCGCGAGACGUCUCGUCGCCGCGAAGACGAUCUCAACGGUGAGACGACGUGCGACGUUUGAUUCACCGUCCAUCCUUGGAAGGCGCCAGACAUGGAGACAUUUUUCUGCGGGUGUCGAACAACGCACGGUGUCGAUGCCACCGGUGUCGUUGCCCGAAGUGACAGAAAGCAGCACGGCUGAUGAAGUGAAGUCAUCAACGCUCAGCGACUUGGUUGACAUGUCAGGUGGGUCCGUUUUGCAGCGACUUGGGGACCUCAAAGUCUCCAACCUUUGUGGGAGUCAAG